GCGAGCGAGCGAGCGAGCGGCUCCGUGACACGGCUCGGGUCCCGCGCCACCGCGGCCAGCCCGGCAUGGAGGAGGAGUGCCGGGUGCUCUCGAUCCAGAGCCACGUCGUCCGCGGCUACGUGGGCAACCGGGCGGCCACGUUCCCGCUGCAGGUUUUGGGAUUCGAGAUCGACGCGGUGAACUCUGUCCAGUUUUCAAACCACACAGGCUAUGCCCACUGGAAAGGCCAAGUGCUGAACUCGCAGGAGCUCCAUGAACUGUACGAGGGUCUGAAGCUGAACAGCGUGAAUAAGUAUGACUACGUGCUCACAGGUUACACAAGGGACAAGUCUUUCCUGGGCAUGGUGGUGGACCUCGUACGGGACCUGAAGCAGCAGAACUCGAGGCUCGUGUACGUGUGUGAUCCCGUGAUGGGGGACAAGUGGAAUGGCGAAGGCUCCAUGUACGUUCCCGAGGACCUCCUUCCCGUGUACAAGGAGAAAGUGGUGCCUGUGGCAGACAUCAUCACUCCCAACCAGUUUGAGGCCGAGUUGCUGAGUGGCAGAAAGAUCCACAGCCAGGAAGAAGCUCUUGCAGUAAUGGACAUACUGCACAGCAUGGGUCCUGACACGGUGGUCAUCACCAGCUCUGACCUGCCCUCCCCACGGGGCAGUGAUUACCUGAUUGCGCUGGGCAGCCAGAGAAUGAGGAGGCCUGAUGGUUCCACGGUGACUGAACGCAUCCGGAUGGAGAUGCGCAAGGUGGACGCUGUCUUCGUGGGCACCGGGGACCUCUUCGCCGCCAUGCUCCUGGCGUGGACACACAAGCACCCGGACAACCUCAAGGUGGCCUGUGAGAAGACUGUGUCAGCCAUGCACCAUGUGUUACAGAGGACCAUCCAGUUUGCAAAAGCCCAAGCCGGGGAGGGACAGAAGCCCAGCCCAGCCCAGCUGGAGCUGAGGAUGGUCCAGAGCAAAAGGGACAUCGAAGACCCGGAGAUCGUCGUGCAGGCCACGGUGCUGUGAGGGCCGUGCGGGCCCGCCUCGGACGCGCAGCGCGCCGGUGUCUGUUUUCGUCCUGUGAAAAAACUGUAACGUCUGCCUUAGAGCCAUGACCGAAACAUGACAUUUUGUUCCUUUGUGAGUGUUGGGGAUCAACUGGUCUAAAAUCGUGAAAAUGUGCCAUUGUGCUUUUUACAAAAAAAAAAAAACAAAAUAACCAAGUACUCACAGAAAUUUGUUCUUUGGAAAUCCAGCCCCCUUCCCUAGGCCUCCUGACUGCUCCAUAUUAACCCACUCAGGGGUGGUCCUAUAUGUGGUUUGUGUUAGGUAGGUGGGGGAGGGGAGCCUGCUGCCACUGCCCCCAGGACCCCACUUCCUCAUGGGCUGGGCCCAAAGUGGUCUCCUUGAGAUUGAGUUGAUUGGCACCUGGAAGAAUUAUGCCAAAUAACUUCAUUGCCCUUCUGGUCUCUCUUCCUGCACUAGAAUUUCUGUGCGUUAAGUUACUGCUCUGAGUGUCUCGGGAUGGAGAGGAUCCUACUGAACUAUGUGGAAAGGCAUCCUGUCCCCAUGUGUACACAAGUGUGUGUGCUCAACACUGUGGGCAUCUCUCCAGGGCCCAGCAAGUUCUGGAGAUCUGCAAGCUCCUCCCCGGGGGUGGGGGUGGGGGGAUUUGUGUCAGCAAGAGCUACAGUAACUUGGGAACAGCUUCUGGGAAUCUGACCAGUACCAGGGCCGCUGGUGAAGUUCGGGGAAAGUUGGCUCGUGGGAAGUCACCUAGUCCUGCGGUACCAGUUGCUUGGCGCCGCGUUUGCCAUGUACCACUGGUGACAGUGCAUUGAUGCACGGGUGUUUCCAUGUUGAUAGGAACAGAGAGGCAAAGGUGGCGCCUGCCCCUUGGUGGCAUGCUCCAUCCUGUGCCCCUCUCCCUUCUGUGCUGGGGACAAGAAGCUCAUCAUAGAGCCGCUAGCUGCCCGCCCCUUGGGAGUUCUACAGGGGUAGUAGAGGGACAGGUACAGUCCCCAGACCUCUCCAGUGGACAGGACAAGUCCAGUUGUCCACCACUCAUGGGUGAUUUCCCUGGCCCCUAGAGUCUGGGGUCGCUCAGUCACAGCUGUAAGUGGGGCUGCCAAUCAUUAGUUUGCCUUGAUCUCGGUAAACCCCCCCCCCCCACCCACUUCCCUGUGCCUCAUUGGGUUCUUGGGAGAGAAUGGAGAGGCCAGAGGUGGUAGGGGAGCACACUGUGACCUCUAGGAGAGCGGACUGUCCAGGGGUACCCGGCUUCAAGCUGCACAAGAAGGUCUCAGAGCCACACCCUGUAAAUGCAGUUCUGAUGUCUUCUGGGAAGACUCUCCACCCAGAAGGUAUUCUUUACCCUGUUAAAAUAACCCAGAGCAAGGAGAUGCUGGUCCACGUGGGCUGGGCACUGGCCCACCUCCCUUUCCCUCACCUGACUCACGCUCUGAGCAUCUUAACUCAUGGGCCAGUACUCUGACCAGGACUGACCAGCUCCCCUGUGGCCAGCAAGCUGGACGUGUAUUUCUUGGUCCUGAUGUGGGCCAGUGAGCUCUGGGACCUGGAGUAGGAAGUCCACUAGCCUGGUAGAGAGGACCGGCCACAACUGACCCAGGGCCUGGGCCUUCGUAGGGUCUUUCCCGGGUUAAAAACCUCAACACUGCCACAUAGAGACUGGGGCGGCCAUGUUGCAGCCUGAAGGAAGCUUUCUUUUCUCUCUUCAAGUGUUGAGAGCAAGCCCAGGGCUGGGGGAGGCGCCUGCCUGCGUGUGUCCCGGAUGAACUCGUGAAAUGUCCCCGUGGCACAAUAGCUCCGGGUGAGGUGGUUCUGUGUGAGGACUGGGCUUUUGGGGUGCGCCCUGCUUGUGCCCUGGGAGAUGCCUGGGUCUUCACCAGAGCCCAGAGUCCUUUGCUUGCCAAGUUACUGCAGAGCAGGCAUGCUUUCUCCAUUGUGAACGUGUCCUGAGUAAUCUUGAAUUCAGCCAGUGUGAGGCAUUCCCUCCUCCCUUCCUUGGCUGGAAGAGCGCAGGGGAUAAUGAGAGAUUGGAGCAAGGGAAACAAAGUCAGAUGCCUUUUCUGAGUGUGACAACUGUGCGGAUUGGACACAGGAUCCUGGGUUUGGCCGGGGGGAGGGUGCUUGCCCGGUGUGUGCACCAUCCGGAUCCAUGCCCAGCACACAGAAAAGGAAGGACACUAGGUUUCUGGGACAGCAGCCCCGUCUGUAAGCCAGCACGGUGCUCAGGUCAGCAUUGCUGUGUCCAGCCUUGCUUAGUGGCUCUGACGUAAACAGGCAUCUCUGGCCUUGAGAGUCUUAAGAUGUACACUUUCCCAUCCAAGCUGGUGAUCUGGGCAUUGGUAGUGGUUGCUGGUGUAGAUUGGCACCAAAUUAGGAUCAGCCUUUUGCUUUAACAUUCCAUAGUUUAAUAUAACACACAAAAUAAUUCAUUUUGAGAUAAAGGUUGUAUUAGCCCAGUGUUGCCUACUUAUUAUUAUCAGGGGACGGCAUUUUUUUUUUUCAGUGUAUAACAUUUUUAAUGAACUGAAUAGUCAGUACCUCACAUACAUAGGAGUCAGAAAAGCAAGCAAAGUAUUUCCAAGAGCUUCUUGAAGGCACCAAGAUUUAGGCUGAGGGAGAUGCAAACUCUUAGGGGACGGCAUUUUAAUACUGUCUUCAUCCAGCUCCUUAAAGUUCCUGGAGACUAAAACCGAAUUAUGAGACAUGAUUCUUUGAAAUCGUUGCCUGAUCCUGCCAAGAUGAUCACGUGCCUCUUGUCUUUUGCAAUAUCGUGCCACUCACUCAUUGUGUAAUUAAUUUUUGAUUCAUAUCUUGGUCUUAAUCUUGUGAGAGCCAAUUUUUUAAAUGUUUGAUUUUACCAUGGAGGGAGCGAGCUUGUCUUGACAGCUCUCAGCGAGGGGCAGGGGUGCCGCCUGCCGGCCCCUCCUUGGGAUGCCAUGAUGAGUUCCUGCUGUGGUAUCAGUGUCUGGGAGCAGAGAACGUGCUAGAGGGCAGGCCCUCUCUAGCCACCCUUGAGAAAGUCCUGGAGGAAGCCCAGACUCCCGUGGUCUUAGGAAGCAGGCAGGUGGGUCUGGGCCAGCGGACAGCUCCUCAGUGUGAUGUCUGUCUUGCAUGGCUCCAGACCUCAUAGUCCCUCUUCAGUUGAAAAGUCCUGCUCUCUGAGGGGUCACCUGUUCGGGGGCGUCCAUAUUUAUGCUGCUCACGGGCGGUCGGUGACCACAGGUCAGUCAGGUCUCUUCUGCCCAAACCUGGAUCCCCUUCCCCACCUCCUCGCUGCUCAGUCACCCACACCGGCCCCCUCCAUCCACCUUCCCUUGGGCUGGGCGUCUACCCAGCGAGGGGGCAGGAGUCUGAAUGAGCUGGCAGGAAUGUGGGGCUUUUUGGAGGCUUCCCUGAACAAACGCUGGUGUGAUUCCCAGACUCUGCUGUGCCCUCCAAAGUGAGCAGGCCAGGGAGUUUUCCUUCCUGACCCCAAGAGGGGUUUCCCAGAGCUUCCUGGAUAAGCCAAGUCCUUUACCUUGAACUAGGGAAGGCCUGAACUUAGGCACUGUGAGUCAGGGUGAAUACCACUCCCCAGGUCCCUGAACGAUGGAAGACGGCCCUGGGGCCACAGCACAGCAUGCAUGUGCAACUUGGCCAUGUCUGUGGCAGGUGCUGGCUUGGUAGGACAUCCGCAGGAUGUCCCAGAAGUAUGGGAUCCUAUGAGCGUUGUCAUUUCCUUCCCUCCCACCCCGUCAUACACUUCCAGGCCUCCGUCGGCAGAGGUCAAAGAAUGGCCCCAGCAGCUCAGGCAGGUAGCCGCAGUCUGUGGUCCACCACCCUACUGGGGGUGAGGGGUUGAUUAGCGUGUGAUUCUUUCUCAUUUAGAUUGGAACCGGACUUUGGCCUGUACUGGGCAGUGCCUUCCAGCGAGCGGGAGGCUUAGUGUGUGUUCAGAAGCAUGACAGCCCUGGAAGCCACUGCUUGGGCCACAUAACUGGCCACGUUCACAGUUUCUAAAUCUGGGGAGGGGGACUUUGUGUACUUCGUGUGUCUCCCUGUUGAUUCUGGUUCAUUGUCAGUGCACAUAUUUUCUGUUUUAAAUGUGUAAAGAUUGAUUAAAAAAAUAACACCUUAUGCUCUGUAUUCUGCCUUCACCACAGCCCAAUGUGUUUUAAUUUUCUGACAGAAUAAACAAGUGUUUUAAUGGUGCCCCCACUGUCUGAGCCAAGCAGGAAGGAGCCUGUUCUCAAAGCAGAAAGCCACCCUUCCUGAGAUGGGCUCUAGGGGCCUCCAUUUCAGAGGGGAUGGUGAACAGUGCUCCCGAAACCUGGCCUCGCCCAUUUCCUCCCCCUCUGUCACCGUGGUGCAGCUGGCUUCUCAUCUCUCCUGCCUAGGAAAGGCCUCCCUGGGGCCAUGGGCUCUCCCCUCGGCCCACAUGAGCUCUGAAGCAACUGGCCGGGCUUUCUCAGACUCCCUGUGUUUGACAGCUCCCCGGAAAGCAGGGCGGUACUUGCAGAGCCAGCAGUCUUCAGGAAGGCAAACCCUGGUGACUUCAUUUUUAUUUUGACCUGGCUUGGUGGCUUUUGAAGCCUCUGGAGCUGUGGUCUCAGGGCACAAGGUGCUCAUGUGCUGAGGGUGCUAGGACACAAAAGAGCACUCAGAGGGUUGACAGACCUUAACAAGUGUGUCCCAAGAGUGGGUCAGUGGAAGCAAAAAUCCCCUCAAGGCUCGGGCCUCCUAGAUUCCCACAAAGGACCUGAAACUGGCUUCUAGGUGAUAGGGGAUGCAGUCGUCAAUGUCUUGGGGAAAUGGGGGUGAUGUCAUUUACAUAGCUCUUGAAGGAUGAGAUGUGGCUAACACUGUGAAUGCUUUUAGCUUUAUAGCUACCUAAUUCCUAAGUAGAAUGCUAGUUGGAAUUUUACCUAUUUGUUGCAAAAUCUGGACUGAUGGGAAGACGGGGCUACUGUGGGCCCCAUCCCCCGCAACCCUGCCCGUCCUUCCCAGAGACAGGUACAGCCUUUCGGAGGCUCCUGGCCUUCGGAGCAAAGCACAGGGGUUCCCCCCCCCCAGCCCUGCUGCGCAGGAGGGAUGUGCUCUGGGGUUCAGGUAGUCUCUGGCCCUGAGUCUCCCAGGCCCGCGUACUGUCCCGUGUCCAUGCCAUUUGUAGAUGUGAGCACUGUGUCAGCCGUGUCUAUUUUGUGCCGGUCCUGUCGACUUCUAUGAUUAUCCACAAAUAAAUAUUUUCAUGGCA